AUUAUCUAACGUCACUGUCAAUUGUCAAAGUGGCUCAAAGUAAAUGAAAAAAAAACCCGGUAGCCGGAGAACCAGCAAAAUACAUCGCUUUUCCGCAAACGAGUAAAAAUAAAUAUGGGUAAAGAAAAAUCAAAAAAGCGACGACGUUCCUCUUCAUCAUCAGAGAGCAGCUCUAACUCUAGCAGUUCGGAAUCAUCUCAUGAGAAAAAGAAACUUAGAAAAUUAAAAAAGAAAUUGAAGAGGGAACAAAAGAAAACUGAAAAACUGCUAAAGAAGAAACUGAAAGAAUCGAAAAGAAAACUGAAGAAGAAACGUAGAAGUAACAGUGACAGCAAAGACUCACGAACUCAAGAAGCCACUGCGGAUAUUCCUAUCGAGCUGAUGGAAAAAUCAAAAGCAAUGGCUCCAAUGACCAAAGAGGAAUGGGAACAGCGUCAGAGUGUUGUCCGUCGAGUGAUGGAUGAGGAAACUGGCAGAUACAGGUUAAUAAAAGGCGAUGGGGAGGUGAUAGAGGAGAUAGUGUCUAGAGAUAGACACAGACAAAUCAAUAGACAAGCAACAAAUGCAGAUGGAACCUUCUUCCAGUCACAAACUCUUGACAAGAAGAUGCUGUAAUUUAUAAGAUAUUUUUAUAUUACGCUUAUGAUUUUUUUUUCUGCUUGAAAAGGUAAGGAACAAGUAAUUGCAAUGCCAAAACACCUGUACAAACUUAUACAAACAUUUUGCUGGCUUUGUUUUAUCAAAGGAUAUAUCAGGUUCGGAGAUGUCAGAAAUAUUUAGGUUAAAGAAUGUUGCAGUCUCUGUUUGCCGUCUAAAGCAUCUACCUAAUAGUUUAACAACAAUUAUUUUUUUACACUUUGAAAGUAUUUGAAUAUGUUUUUAUAGAUAAAACUGAGAUAUAAACGUGUGUAUUAUUUGUAUAUAUCACACUUGUAUACUGUUUAUGUAAGCACUGAAAGACUUAAUAUUUUUAACGAUUUUUUUUUAUAUCAUAAGGUGGCAAACGAGCGAGCGGCCACCUGAAAUCG